AUGGAAGAUUUAUCAGGUAGGACUACUUUAGCUUUGCCAAGUGAUGAAUUUCGUGCAAUUGAGCAACCAACAGACAUAAUUACAGAACCUUCCAAAGAUAACGCUCCUGGUGAUAACAUUGUGGAAGAUUUAGCUCUUGUUAACCCUGAAAAUGAUGUUACUGAAUCGGAAUUACCACCUGUACCACCAGCUGAACUUGAAGUACGACCAACUCGAUUGAGACAACCUCCUCAAUGGGUUCAAAGCGGUGAGUAUAUCCUGUCUCAGCAACCAGUUAACUUUUCUACCAGUCAAAGGAGGACAGAGUUAGCACGUUCCUUGUUACCUGCAGAUUUUUCAACUUUAGCUCCUGACAGGGUGCGAGUGGUUUGGAGAUGCUACCCACCCUGUACUGUUUGUAUAGUUAAUAUUUCUAGUUAUUACUUUAAUAACAAGAUCAAGGAAAAUAGUUGUAUUAUAGGGUUUAUAUUCAGGUUUUUUUUUUGUUAA